AUGUGGGAAAGGGAAAUUGUAUUCGUUUUGUUUUUGAAGGAUAUGUUAGAAGUGGCGUUCGAUUUGAUCGAUAAAGAGGUGCAUGUGGAUUGGCCAAUCCUGAAACGAGCUCUGGUGCAUUCGAUUUGGACACCCAAUAAGAAGUACACGAAAGAGGGUGAAGAUAUCGUUUGUGAAGAGUUGACUGAAGAGGAGCAAUCGCUUUAUGAUGGUUACGUGAUGAGCACGAGAAAACGUGAAUUUGAACGGUACGGUAUCGAGGUGAAUACAAACGCGGGUGCACCGAAUAAAGCCGUGGCAUUGGUACGACGUAUGCUGGGCGUUCAGUACGGAGUGAAGAAACGUAAGGUCGUCGCGAUACGGCAGUGGUGUGCAGUGGACGAUCUGAGACCGGUGUCGCUGAAUCUCGUCGUGCAGGUGAGCUGCAUUUUAGGACAUUGUUCAGUUAUGAAUGACGAAGGAGAAAACAAUAAAAAUAUUAAUACCAAUGUCAUUAUCAUUAUCGACAUUGUCAUUAUUGUUAUUAUUAUUUUUAUUAUUGUUUUACUGACUGUGUUCUGUACAUGUUUAGGUGAUAUAUAA